UGAGAAAAAAUUCCUGUGGAGGUGAAUCUUCUUUGGGCCAUGUGUUUCUGGUGAGGUUUCAUCUUGUGCCAACAUGGGGCUGGUGCCCAGUUCGCCUCGGCCCUUCUUGCCAGCGGUCUUGGCCGUCACCUUAACCGCCUUCUUAACACAGCUGUCCUCAGGAGCCACACCAUUUCCCCAAGACCUAGAACCAAUCACCACUGUGGGCAGAGAAUCAUCCUAUGUAUACCCAAGCUUCCAGGGACUCAUAUCAGAUAAUGACACAGUCCGCUUGGGGCUGGACUUCCAGAGGAUGCUGCGGAUCAACCACAUGCUCUACAUCGCCGCCCGGGACCACGUGUUUGCCAUCAACCUUGCCACUUCAUCUGAGCAGAUCAUUCCACAGCAGAAACUGACUUGGAAGACAAAAGAUGUGGAAAAGUGCACCGUGAGAGGGAAGAACAGCGAUGAAUGUUAUAACUACAUCAAAGUCUUGGUGCCACGCAACGAUGAGACGCUGUUUGCUUGUGGAACAAAUGCGUUCAACCCUACCUGUCGUAACUAUAAGAUGUCAACACUGGAACAGGAAGGGGAGGAGGUGGUGGGACAGGCUCGCUGUCCCUUUGAGUCUCGCCAGUCCAACGUUGGCCUUUUCGCCGGAGGUGAUUUUUAUUCAGCCACCAUGACUGACUUCUUGGCAAGUGAUGCUGUGAUUUACCGCAGUCUGGGAGAAAGUAGUGCUGUUCUUCGUACCGUCAAAUAUGAUUCCAAAUGGCUGCGAGAGCCCCAUUUUCUCCAUGCUAUUGAGUACGGGAACUAUGUGUACUUCUUCUUCAGUGAGAUUGCGGUGGAGUACACCACACUUGGCAAGGUGGUUUUCUCAAGAGUAGCACGAGUUUGUAAGAAUGACAAUGGUGGUUCCCCAAGGGUGCUGGAACGUUACUGGACAUCAUUUCUCAAAGCCCGGCUGAACUGCUCUGUCCCUGGGGACUCCUUCUUCUACUUUGAUGUUCUGCAGUCGUUGACUAAUGUGCUGCAGAUCAACCACCGGCCAGCUGUUCUCGGCGUCUUUACGACACAGGCUAACAGCAUCACUGGCUCAGCCGUUUGUGCUUUCUACAUGGACGACAUAGAAAAGGCGUUUAAUGGCAAAUUCAAAGAGCAGAAGAACAGUGAGUCAGCGUGGACACCUGUACCAGAGGAGCAUGUCCCAAAACCACGGCCAGGCUGUUGUGCUGGUGAGGGCUCAGCAGCUGCCUACAAGUCCUCCACCACCUUUCCUGACGACACCCUGACCUUCAUCAAGUCGUACCCGCUAAUGGAUGAGUCUGUCCCCUCUGUUAAUGAUAGACCCUACUUCACCCGCACCACCAGCAGGUUCAAGCUGACCCAAAUAGCAGUGGACACAUCAGCUGGGCCCUAUAAGAAUUAUACUGUGGUUUUCCUGGGUUCGGACAACGGCCACAUACUGAAGAUUCUAGCCAGCACACAGGGCACCAACGGAUCCUUCAGCAGCCAACUUCUUGAAGACAUCGAUGUCUACAACCCUGACAAAUGCAACGUGCGGGGGGAAGACAGGAGGGUGCUGGGCCUUGAAUUGGACCGCGAUCACCAUGCGUUGUUUGUGGCAUUCUCCAGCUGUGUUAUCCGUGUACGACUCAGCCGUUGCUCUGACUACAGCGCCUGCAAGAAAAGCUGCCUGUCUUCUCGAGACCCUUACUGUGUUUGGCUCAGGUCAAGCAGCUGUGCCACGGUCUCACCUGGCUUCAAGGGUGGGUUUGAACAGGAUGUGGAGAACUACCAUCUGUAUCCUGAUACCUGCCACGAUGUCCUGGUGACCACUCGCAAGCAAAACCCACCAGCAGAUUCAGCGUAUGGGAAGACCACACCCACAAGUGCCAGCACAACCCAUCGUGGGGCAACAUUCCCAAAGGAGGCAGGUGACCCUGAAAGAGGUACAGGUCCUGAUGGCCCUCCCCCAGUGGGGGGACAAGGGUCACCUGACUCGGAGCCAAUCAUUGUGGAGAUGGAGGGUGUGAGGCGGCCUCCAGAGGUGGAGAAGACCAACCACAGUGUUCAUUAUACUCUUCUGAUCGCAUGUGUUGUGGUGGCCUUUGUCUUGGGUGCCUUCCUCUCUGGCUUCUUAGUCUCCUGUUACUGUAACCACUCAGGCCACAAAACCAAGAAACUACCGAAGGAUCCCGAGGCCCCUAUUCCACAUGCCUUAUCUCUCCGCAGCCUGGCCAAGCUCAAUGGCCUGUUGGACAGCCAAAACAAGGAUGAACAAGCUGGAGGUAUCAUCUCCAAAGAUCUACACUCCUUCUUCACCAACAGCAAGAUCAUCUCUCCCCAAAGGAGAAAUGGCCAUCAUGGUGACAUGGGAGACCUAGUUCAUCCUCACCACCACCUCCACCAUUCCUCAGAACUAUCUGGUCUGCCCACUCCAGACUCUACCCCAGAACUGCCGAUAAAGAGUAUGAAAGCCUUCAAAAACCAGUGGGAGAAGAACCAGAACUGUAACAAUGCCAAGGAGCCCAAGUCCCACAACAUUGGCUCCCCUAGCUCAGCCCUGCUACACCAGCCGUCUUUCCAUAUUCCCACAGCAUGUUCCAGUGGGCCGCAGCUUGUCAAAGGUUCACUCCAUCCAGGGAACGCUAAGGUCCAUGUGGAACGUGUGCUAUCUCAGCAGCCCUUCACCAGCUACUCACAGGUGAUGGAAGUGACAUCGUUGGAUGAGCUACUGAAACACAUUCAUGAUGACAGCAGUAAGAACUCCCAGUUAAUGAGUCCUUCUGGUCUAAUGGCUAGUGGUGGUUGCGGAGGAGGACAGCUAGCCUAUGGCACCGAUCCAACGCAGAUCCCCGAGACAGAGUCAGCUCCUUACUACAGAUCUUCAACGUUACCCCGAGACAGCCUCAACCGGCGCAUGGAUGUUCCUCCUGACACCCCACAUCACCAGUCCACUCUGGAAAGAAGGCACUCGUCUCAGAGGCAAUCACUGAUUGCUGCAGCAAACAAGAUGCCCAAAUGGGAGGGGAGGAGGAGGAGUGAUGCCUCGCCCAGCACAGCUUCAACCAGCGGAAACGGUGGUCCCCAACAGCCACCACCUUUGUUGGCACGCAUGAACUCCACAGGUAGCACUUGUGAAGUUCACUAUCCCCUCAUCCCCAAUGGCUACCUGACACGCCAGCAUAGCUACAAUGGGAGAGCACAAGAGGUGGCACACAGGGGUGCCAUCAUCCGCCGGGGCCUCCUCUCUCAAACCUGAUGUCCCUCCAAGCCCCUGUUCAUUCCUGCCACAUCGCCGGUCAACCCACAUGGAAAGUUCAACUACUGAGGAGACUGAGGUGAACUUUAGGACUGGAUAACAAGUUUUUCCCCCAUUUUUCUUAAAGCAACUUACCUUGAAGAAAAGCUGUAAGAUGUUUCAGAACUCCACCAGAAGACCUCAACAAUUUCAUGUGGCAGCCCAUAUCACAAUGGAUGAAAGCCUCACCAAACAUUUUGUUUUGUUUUUCCUCCUCUUCUUGUUUUAGUUCAGCAAAUAUCUUUGUACCAUAUUGGUAUUGCUCAGCUAUUGCUUUAUAAUAGAACUGCUGACUUGGGUGACAUGACGCCACCCUCUUAUAUUAGGCUGCCAAUGUCCUCAGUGUGGAUUUAAAUGCAUCUUAGUUUUUGAACACUGAUGAUUGAGAACUUUGCACUUCAGUCGUCAUUAAGACUUAAAAUUGAAAGCUCCUGCAAUGCUUAACAACUUAGAUUCAUGCUUUUGCUUAACCUUUUCUGCUGUAGUGUUGAUAACCGGUCUCUGCCCCCCCCCCCCACCCCGAAUGUGUUUAUAUUAUGCAUGUGUGUGUAAUAUAUGUGUGUUUAUAUCCACACCGUAUAUGUAUACAUAUAAAUGCAGUAUAUGUAACCUGUGGUGAAAAGUCAGCAAAUUCCCCUGAAAGUAAUGUCUUUGCCUUACUAUACUCCUUCUUCGGGGCAUAUCAAAUGAUCCUCCCUGGGAAUUUGACUACAUUCAAUGUCUUGGGGAAAUCAAAUCAUGCACUUCUUUUCACUGUUCAGAUGGCUAAAAACACUGAAACUAACUUUUUGGUAUAUUGAAAUGAAAAAAGGAGACGCUUCACGAAGCAGCUUUAUUGUCUUUACUCCUUUCUUUUCCAGUUCCAGCAGAUGUCAGGUCAGAUCUUAACUGAUGAACUCGGGUCCAUUUAAGUUGCUUGAGAUUGUAUCUGUCAGGUGCUCCACAAAUUUAGUGGCUCUUACAUCCUCUCAAAUAGAAAUCAACAGUUCUGUGUCAUCUGACGUAUUUUGGACCCAAGUAGAAGACAACAAACAGGCCAUCUGAGGGAAUGAACAUAACCAUAGAAUGGACUGCAGUUAUAAUUAACUUUGUGGCUAUUGGUUGUAAAUAAAAGAGUAAUUAGUAGCCAAAUUUGAACUGUAUGUGUAAAUGUGUGCCUUAUUUAAUAAUAGUGUGUGAUAUGGGGUUAAUGCAAGGGGC